AUGUCCAAAAGAACAUCAUACGAACGCUCCGAACUCGGGCAUACGACUCUCAAACGCGCGAAACGAGUAGAUGAUAAUCUUCCCUACGAUCAAGUUCAAGAAGCCCUCGGUGCACAAGAGGAAAUCAAGGUCGUGACAAAGGUAGCGCAUUGGUUUCGUCCAAAAGAUCUCCGCAUUCAAGAUAACACCGCGCUGUAUCAUGCUUCCGAGCUUGCCCAAAGUGCGAGCAAGCCUCUCGUAUGUUUUUACGUCAAUUGCGCUGCAGACGAGUCGUGGCAUGGGACUAGCCCCGCAAGGGUCGAUUUCAUGUGCGAGGGAUUGCGCAUCAUGCAGAAAGAGCUCAAGCAGUUGAACAUACCACUAGUCUUUCUAGAGUGCGAGGAUAGGAAGAAGAUUGUACAGACAGCAGUGGAUUGGAUGCAAAAGUGGGAGAUUUCACACGUGUUUGGCAACUUGGAGUACGAGAUUGAUGAGAUGCGGAGGGAUCUGAAACUCUGCCAAACAGCUGGAGAUGGUAUUCAAGUCUCAUUGUAUCAUGACCAGACCGUUGUCGAGCCUGGCACAAUGCUUACAGGUGCUGGGACACCCAUGAAAGUCUUUACACCCUUCUUCAAAGCGUGGCUCGAGAGGCUGAAAGACGAGCCGGAAUUGCUUGACACUAACCCUCCACCUACCGCGAAUCCCCCCUCUGCGAAGAAGGAGCUAAAAAGCCUCUUCGAUACAGUCGUACCCCAGCCUGCAAAAGACAAGCAAUUCGAGUCGGAAGAAGACAAAAAGAGGAUACGGAAGCUGUGGCCUGUCGGUCACGAUGCAGCAGCAAAACGAAUGGAUGCGUUCCUAAAGCAAAUUGACCACUACGCCGCUACACGCUCAAAUCCUGCCGCAAAUAGCACGUCACGCAUGUCUGCCUACUUUAGUGCGGGCAUGUUCUCCGUACGCGAAGCACUGCAGAAAGUUGUAGAUUACAAUCGCGGCAGUACCGAUUUUACCGAAGCCAAGGCAUCCAAUGGCGUCUACGGCUGGGUCCGCGAGGUUGUUUUCAGAGAACUCUACAUACAGACAACCAUGACUACGCCACACACCUCCAUGAACCUCCCACAGAAUCUCAAAUUCGACGCAGUAGAGUGGGAAGACGACCAAGCAGGCUGGGAGAAAUGGUAUGAAGGCAAAACAGGCGAACCUUUUGUAGAUGCGGGCAUGCUGUUGGUUAGGAUCCUAUCACGUGAUUCACUCACUAGCGUCGCCCUAGUACUUAUUGCUGAGGCAUACAUGCACAAUCGCUUACGUAUGAACGUGUCUUCCUAUCUCUACUGCAACCUCCUGCUCGACUACCGCCGCGGCGAACGCUACUUUGCCGAAACUCUGAUUGACUGGGACCUUUCCAACAAUACCCAAGGCUGGGAGCCUUCUUACACCGUCUUCAACCCCGUCUCUCAGGCUGAGAAGAACGAUCCUGAUGGUGAUUAUAUCCGUAAAUGGGUCCCAGAGCUCAAAGAUGUCAAGGGAAAGGCGGUAUUUGCUCCUUACGCGAGGUUGUCGAAGAGCGAGUUCGACAAGCUGGGUUAUCCAAAACCGCAUGUGGACUGGAAAGAGACGAAAGCUAGGGCGUUGGAUAGGUUCAAACGAGGGCUGAGGAACGCGGAUAUCUAG